AUGGCAUUGUCCAGCUUUAAAGUUAGGGUCAUGCUAUUCGUUUUCGCUUCUCACUGGAUUCUGUCCUUUUUGGCCAAUGUGAGCGGGGCUGAUGCACAAAAGUGGCUCGAAAGCACUGGCGUGAGCCUUCUGCAAGAUCUUGUUUUGAAGCCCGCGCUUCUUGCAAGCGGGUAUGCUACGUUGUCAACUCUCGUUUUGUUUUGCAAUCCGCGUGUCAAAAAGCAGUGGAUACAUCCCGACGAAAUCGACGAAGUGGAGGCUAACUUUGUGGAUGCAAACGGUGAAGACGACCAAAAUACCCAUGACCGCCUCCCACAUGAAAUCAGAUCUGAGGAGUCCGACUCCAUGUAG